ACGCUGCGGGCCCGGGCCAUGGCCGCCGCCGAUGCCGAGGUCCGGGAAACAAGACGCGGAAGAGAUGGAACGACUUGGCCUGUCCAGUUACAGGGCGGUCCCGGCAAAGGGGGAGACCAAGCAGGACUGCCCGAGAGCCGAGCUGCUGAGAGAAGGGUCACCCAUGGCUGCCGACGAAGGCGCAGCAGACAAGCAGGGCGGGGAGGCCCCCGAGGCUGCGGACGGGGAGGCCAACGGGGCCUGUGACCAGAGCGACGGCGGUAGCCCGCCGGCCGCGGCGAAGCACACUCAGGAAGGCGCGAGGGUCGGCCCGCAGGAAGGCGCCGGCCCGGUGGCCCGGAUCGCGGAAAAUGGCCUUGCAGACAGAGACGCCGAGCCGGCGAAGCAGAACCACGUCCGGGCCGACGGCUUUGCGCAGACGCCGGGCGUCGGCAGCAACGGCUACUUCCUGGGCAAGGCCCCCGUGUCCGAGCCGCCGCGCAUCGCCAGCGCCCUGGCCGCCUCCCUCCCCGGCCACGCUGCCAAAACCCUCCCCAGCGGGGCGGCCCGGGGCCGGACUCCUGGCACUUUGCCUCCGCCGCCGCCACCGCCGCCGCCACCGCCGCCGGCCAAGCCCGGGGAGGUGAGCAGAGACACAGAGGACAAGAAGCCCCCGGCCCCGGGCGCCGACGUCAAGGUCCACCGGGCUCGGAAGACCAUGCCGAAGUCCAUCCUGGGCCUGCACGCAGCCAGCAAGGACCCCAGGGAAGGCCGGGACGCCCGUGACCACGAGGAGCCGAAAGAGGAGAUGAGCAGAGGUGCCUCUGACUUUGGGCGACAGCAGCUUUUACCCCCUUUCCCGCCCCUGCACCAAUCGCUACCUCAAAACCAGUGCUACGUGGCCUCCUCGAAGUCACAGACAGCUUGCUUGCCUUUUGUUUUAGCAGCUGCAGUAUCGCGAAAGAAAAAACGAAGAAUGGGCACCUAUAGUCUGGUUCCCAAGAAAAAGGCCAAAGUGUUAAAACAGAGGACGGUCAUUGAGAUGUUCCAGAGCAUAGCUCACUCCAGCGCCGGCCGCCAGGGCGAGAAGGACCCAGGCGACGGCUCCCUCCAUGUGAACGGGGAGAGCUUGGACCUCGACUCCGAGGACGACGACUCGGAGGAGCUGGACGAGGACGAGGACCAGGGAGCCCAGCAGGAGGACAGCAGGACCUCGAAGGAGAGUGCGCUGGAGCCUGACCGCGCCCAGAAGGUGGACGGGGAGUCAGAAGAGGAGCAGGAGUCGGCCGGCACCGGGGAGGAGGAGGAUGGAGACGAGUCCGACCUGAGCUCUGAAUCCAGCAUCAAGAAGAAGUUUCUCAAGAGGAAAGGGAAGCCUGACAGCCCCUGGAUCAAGCCGGCGAGGAAGAGGAGGCGGAGAAGUAAGAAGAAGCCCUCCUCCAUGCUAGGUUCCGAAGCCUGCGCGUCACCCUCAGGAAGUGCAGAGCCGAUGGCGCCGGGGGACGGCUCGGGGUACAUGGAGGUGUCCCUGGACUCCCUGGAUCUGCGUGUCAAAGGGACGCUGCCAUUGGAGACGGAAGGGCUGGCCAACGGUCCCGACGUGGGGGAGACGGACGGCCUCCAGGAGGUGCCCCUUUGCAGCUGCCGGAUGGAAACCCCGAAAAGCCGAGAGAUCACCACUCUGGCCAACAACCAGUGCAUGGCCACAGAGAGCGUGGAUCACCAGCUGGGCAGGUGCACAAACAGUGUGGUCAAGCACGAGCUGAUGCGCCCAUCCAGCAAGGCCCCGCUCCUGGUGCUGUGUGAAGACCACCGGGGCCGGAUGGUGAAGCACCAGUGUUGCCCUGGCUGCGGCUACUUCUGCACAGCGGGUAAUUUUAUGGAAUGUCAGCCUGAGAGCAGCAUCUCUCACCGUUUCCACAAAGACUGUGCCUCUCGUGUCAACAAUGCCAGCUACUGUCCCCACUGCGGGGAGGAGACCUCCAAGGCCAAAGAGGUGACCAUCGCAAAAGCAGACACGACCUCUACCGUGACGCUGGCCCCCGGGCAGGAGAAGAGCUCCACGGUGGAGGGCAGGGCCGACACCACCACAGGCAGCGCGGCUGGACCCCUGCUCUCAGAGGAUGACAAGCCACAGAGCACAGCCCCGCGGGUGCCUGAGGGCUUCGACCCCACGGGGCCGGUGGGGCUGGGGAAGCCGGCCCCCGGCCUCUCGCAGGGGCCCGGGAAGGAGACCUUGGAGAGUGCGCUCAUCGCCCUGGACUCGGAGAAGCCCAAGAAGCUCCGCUUCCACCCGAAGCAGCUGUACUUCUCGGCCCGUCAAGGGGAGCUGCAGAAGGUGCUGCUCAUGCUGGUUGACGGCAUCGACCCCAACUUCAAGAUGGAACACCAGAACAAGCGCUCCCCCCUGCACGCCGCGGCGGAGGCCGGCCACGUGGACAUCUGCCACAUGCUGAUCCAGGCGGGCGCCAACAUCGACACCUGCUCGGAGGACCAGAGGACCCCGCUGAUGGAGGCGGCGGAGAACAACCACCUGGACGCGGUGAAAUACCUCAUCAAGGCCGGCGCGCUCGUGGACCCAAAGGACGCGGAAGGCUCCACCUGUUUGCACCUGGCUGCCAAGAAAGGCCACUACGAUGUGGUUCAGUAUCUGCUCUCCAGUGGACAAAUGGACGUCAACUGCCAGGAUGAUGGCGGCUGGACGCCCAUGAUCUGGGCCACGGAGUACAAGCACGUGGACCUCGUGAAGCUGCUGCUGUCCAAGGGGUCCGACAUCAACAUCCGGGACAACGAGGAGAACAUCUGCCUGCACUGGGCCGCCUUCUCGGGCUGCGUGGAUAUUGCCGAGAUCCUGCUGGCCGCUCGGUGCGACCUCCACGCGGUGAACAUCCACGGAGACUCGCCCCUACACAUCGCCGCCAGGGAGGACCGCUACGCCUGUGUCGUCCUCUUCCUGUCCCGGGACUCCGACGUCACCCUGAAGAACAAGGAGGGGGAGACGCCCCUGCAGUGCGCCAGCCUCAACUCGCAGGUGUGGAGCGCCCUGCAGGUGAGCCAGGCGCUGCGCGACGCGGCCCCCGACAGGCCCGCCCCGGUGGAGAGGACGAUGAGCAGAGACAUCGCCCGGGGCUACGAGCGAGCCCCCAUCCCUUGCGUCAACGCCGUGGACGACGAGCCGUGCCCCAGCAACUACAAGUACGUGGCUCAGAACUGCGUGACGUCCCCCAUGGCCAUCGACAGGAACAUCACCCACCUGCAGUACUGCGUCUGUGUGGACGACUGCUCCUCCAGCAACUGCAUGUGCGGCCAGCUCAGCAUGCGCUGCUGGUAUGACAAGGACGGCCGCCUCUUGCCUGAGUUCAACAUGGCAGAGCCGCCUUUGCUCUUCGAGUGCAACCACGCCUGCUCCUGCUGGCGGAACUGCCGGAACCGCGUCGUGCAGAACGGCCUCAGGACGAGGCUGCAGCUCUACCGGACACAGAACAUGGGCUGGGGCGUGCGGUCCCUGCAGGACAUCCCCCUGGGCACCUUCGUUUGCGAGUACGUCGGGGAGCUCAUCUCUGACUCCGAGGCUGACGUGCGGGAGGAGGAUUCCUACCUCUUUGAUCUGGACAACAAGGACGGAGAGCUCUACUGCAUCGACGCGCGCUUCUACGGGAACGUCAGCCGCUUCAUAAACCACCACUGCGAGCCCAACCUGGUGCCGGUGCGCGUCUUCAUGUCGCACCAGGACCUGCGCUUCCCCAGGAUCGCCUUCUUCAGCACGCGCCUCAUCGAGGCCGGCGAGCAGCUGGGGUUCGACUACGGGGAGCGCUUCUGGGACAUCAAGGGCAAGCUGUUCAGCUGCCGCUGCGGCUCCCCCAAGUGCCGGCACUCCAGCUCCGCCCUGGCGCAGCGGCAGGCCAGCGCCGCGCAGGGCGCCCCCGAGGACCGGCUGCCCGACACCAGCUCCGCCGCCGCCGACCCGCUAUGAGAGCUGCGGCCGCGGGCGCCGGCGCGAUGCCGCGCCCGCCGCGGUUCAGGGAGAGGGAGAAGCGCGCGUCGAGGUCCCGGCCAGCGCCCGAGGGGCCGAGCCUCGCCCGAGCACUCGGCGGCCCGCGCCGGGGCGCCCGGCGUCUGCGAGGGUGGUUUUGUGGUUUCCGCGUCUCGCUUCCCCUCUGCUCUCCGUGUUCCUGCCCCACCCCGGGCUCCUUGGCGACGCCCGGUCGACCCAGACGCCGCCGUGCGGCCACACCGAAGCCACCGCACCUGCCAGCUGCUCCGUUGGACCGGCCCAGCCGCAGACACCGUCCCCUCCGCCGCCCGAGAGGUCGGGCGGCCCGGGCCGCCCCUGAGCGCGGAGAAAAUGGGGCUUUGCUUUUUAAAGACGUCCUCCCUCUGGUCUGUGUGUCAGACUCCUAGCGUUUCUUUUCAAGGAAGCCGUCUGGUGGCAGGAGGCCCGCGAGGACCUGCCCUUGCCCCGCCAGGGCCGCGCGGCGAGGCUGGCACCUUCUCUGAUUCCCAAGCCACAUGGUAUGAUAAUGACUAAACUGAUUUAUUUUCUACCAUUAUUGAACAUUAGGACAAACAAAAAAUAAAAAACACAAAACACAGACAACGGUGCUGAUUCUGGUGUGGUUUCUACUCACCAUGUGAAAAUAAACUAUCAACUGUAUAAAGAGAACAAAGUGAUUUUAGAAUAAAAUGCAGGAAAACCUUUUUUAAAGACGUUAGUCUUGUAGUGUGAAUAAACUUGCCGUCGCCUUUGGUGUGGUGGCCUGCCCGGUCCUACCCUCUGGCCUAUACUUUUUUAAAGACUGUAACUAGUGCAGUAACAGUGGGGUGCGACUCUUCUAGAACAUUCAUAAUGCAGUCACGUUUAUUUUUUCUGUUAAAAUGUUUUUUGACAGUUCUAAGAGCAGUCUUUUGGCUCAGACCAUUUCUUGUUCUGUUUUCAAUGAAAUCAAUAAAAAAAAGAAGUACUUUAAA